GGACAUUUUUGCGUGGUCUUCAAACAACAGCUACUUAUGAUCCCAAAACUCAAGAAUUUAUUUUAAAUACUCCCACUUUAUCAUCCAUAAAAUGGUGGCCAGGAAGUUUGGGAAAAACUGCAAAUCAUGCUAUUGUUUUGGCACAACUCUACAUCAAGGGAAAAUGCUAUGGAAUACAUCCAUUUAUGGUGCAGAUUCGAAACAUGGAAGAUCAUCAACCACUUCCUGGAAUAACUGUUGGAGAAAUAGGACCAAAAAUGGGAAUGAGAGCAUCUGAUAAUGGGUUUUUAAAGUUGGAUAAUGUACGAAUACCUUAUGAGAAUAUGUUUAUGAAAAAUGCUCAGGUUACGAGAGAUGGUGAAUAUAUUAAACCCAAAAGUGAUAAAUUGAAUUAUGGAACUAUGGUUUUUGUACGAGUUUUAAUAACAGACAUGGUAGCUUUCAAUUUAGCUAGAGCUUGCACUAUUGCAACACGAUAUAGUGCUGUUAGAAGACAGUCUGAAAUUAUUGCUGGGAAAGGAGAAGUUCAAAUUCUGGACUAUCAAGCACAACAGUAUAAACUUCUGCCUUUAAUUGCAUUAACUCAUGCAAUCAAAGCAACUUUUCUUUCCUUAAUGCAAACUUACAAAGUAGCAAGUCAGAAUUUGGAAAAAGGUGAUUUGGGAAACUUGCCAGAGCUUCAUGCCAUAUCUUCUGGUCUGAAGGCACUAUGUUCUGAUAAAGGCAGUCGAGGUAUUGAAACGUGUCGUUUAGCAUGUGGAGGACAUGGAUACUUAUUAAUUAGUGGAUUGCCUCGUCUGUAUUCUCUCACAGUAGCAGCAUGCACUUACGAAGGAGAAAAUACAGUACUCUAUCUCCAGACAGCAAGAUUCUUAUUAAAGUGUUUGAAACAAGGAAAUUUAUCACCAGAUUCAAAUUUUAAUUAUUUACUGAAGAAAGGUGGCGGAAUAGUGACACCACUUUCUGCAGAACCUACUCUUAAAGAGCUACUCUCAUUAUAUGAAGCAGUUGCCUACAGGACAGUUCAUAUUGCUUCAAAAAAAGUAGACACACUUAUUCAGAUGGGCGAUUUUCCAGAAAUUGCUUGGAAUAAAAGUCAUGUCUGUUUAAUUCCAGCAGCUAAGGCACACGUUCAGUACUAUAUAAAUCAGAGAUAUAUAGAAUGGGUUGAACAGAGUGGAAUACCCAAUAAUUUACGUAAGGUGCUGAAGAAUCUUUGCCAGCUAUAUUUGUUAUUUAAUAUCUGUGAAGAACCAGGAAUAUUUUUACAGGUUGGUCUGACAACAUCCAAACUAGAACAAUUACAAAAUAAAUUGAUAGAAUUACUUGCCGAACUUCGUCCAGAUGCAGUUCCAUUAGUAGAUGCUUUCGAUCUGCAUGAUCUUGUGUUAAAUAGUGCAUUGGGACGAUACGACGGUCAAGUGUAUCGUACAAUGUUCGAGUUGGCACAGAGAGCUCCACUAAACAAAACUCAGGUUCAUGAAUCCUAUUAUAAAUAUCUCCACCCAUUAAAGUCUAGAUUAUAAUUAUAGAAAAUUAUAGCUACAUGUACAGAUUACUUGCCUUGAGCUGCUAACUAAAUUAUAUACUUGGGGACCAUAUUGCAAUCAAGAGUUUCUUCCAUAAUGGUACUUUAAUAGUACAAAAGUAGGAGAGCUUAAUGAACUAACGGAAGACUAGUUUAUUAAUCAGUUUUUCUGAAAUGUAAAUAAUUGCAAUAUAUUCAAUUGUUACAUAUAUUUUGCAAAAUUUUAUUAUCAAGUU